AGCACCAAGCCUGAAGCAGGCAAAGCACUUCUGUCCCUCUCUCAGGCCCCACCCAGGCUAGCGUCCCUCCUCCCUGUUAACCCCUUUUGCCUCCUUUCCUGGGCCUGCGGAGGUCACUUGGUCACUCGUGCUGGAGGAAACCCUGUCACCAGCCUCGGGAUGGGCCACUGCCGCAGGAAGGUCCUUUGGGCUCUGGGCUUCCUGCUGCUGCUGGGCGCCAGCUCUGCCCAGGGUACCUGGGAGGCGAUGGUGCCGGCCAGGCUGGCGGAGAAGUCCCGCACUGAAGAGGGUACACCAACAGGUCCCCGGCAGCCCCACGCAGACCGAUGCCCACCACCCCCACGGACACUGCCUCCAGGUGCCUGCCAGGCCACACGAUGCCAGGCCGACUCCGAGUGCCCCCGACACAGGCGCUGCUGCUACAAUGGCUGUGCCUAUGCCUGCCUGGAGGCUGUGCCACCUCCACCAGUUCUAGAUUGGCUGGUACAGCCCAAACCGCGAUGGCUUGGUGGCAAUGGCUGGCUGCUGGAUGGUCCUGAGGAGGUGUUACAAGCAGAGGCAUGCAGCACCACGGAGGAUGGGGCAGAGCCACUACUCUGUCCCUCAGGCUAUGAGUGCCACAUCCUGCGCCCAGGAGACCCAGCCCAGGGUAUACCCAACCAUGGGCAGUGUGUCAAGCAGCGGCCACAAGCAGAAGGGCGGAUCCUGCGACAGAAGCUUCACAGGGAAUACCCAGAAGGUCACUCCAAGAAUGUGGCAGAACCUGGAAAGAGACAACAGAGGCACUUUCAAUAGAGCAAAGACUGGCAGCCUUUGAGGAAUCCUUCCUAUGCUUUCCACAUGCUAAGCCUUGGAAACAGGAAAAGAAUUUGACCCUAGACAUCACACCCAUUUCCACAGAACAGAACUCCAGAGCUCCCAGGGACUCCUAACCCCAGCGUGGUAACUUGGGGGAAGCCCCUGACAAACUCUGAAUGCAACCUUGGUAACACAAGCCUGCAGCUUCUAGGUGACUUUUGCAGAUUUUGCCUGUGGAGGACAUAUAUCCAACCUGAUUGUUCCCAAAAUAAACUGCCCAACACAUAGUAGAAAU